AUGCCUCUAGCUACCCUGCCCAAAGCCUUUGACUUGCCUCCCGAAAAGAAGAAAGGAUACUUUCCACACCUUUUCAACACCCUUAAGAAUCAAAAUUAUGUGGGUCCUAUGCCGGAAAAAAAGUAUUACUGUCCAGAAUCUAUGUUUGAAAAAUCACACAAAGAUUUUGAAAACUGGUAUAACGAACAAGUUGCAAACCACUUUACAUUUGACUUUAAGAAAGAAAUCCUCGAGUACUGUGUAUCAGACGUUGAUAUCUUGGCCCAAGCUUGCUUAAAGUUUCGUUCAAUUUUCCUGCAAGAGUGUAAUGUUGACCCUUUUAUUGAAGCUGUUACCAUCGCUAGCGCAUGCAAUUUGGCUUUUCGCAGGAACUUUUUGAAACCUAAUACAAUUGGUUUGAUCCCAAAGAACGGGUAUAGGCUUACAGACGCUCAGUCGGCUAUUGCGUUACAGUGGCUAUCGUGGGAAGAGGAGAAACGUGGAGUUAGAAUUGAACACGCUGGUCGUGGAAAGGAAGUUAAGAUCAAUAAAAUGAAAGUAGAUGGGUUUGACGGUCUAAAUAUUUAUGAAUUUCAAGGCUGUUACUGGCACGGAUGCCCUAAAUGCUUUCCCUAUGAUCGUGAUAUUGCGUUAAAGGAGGACCCCUCUGACUCACUCCAUUUGCGAUAUGAACGGACCAAAUCUAAAAUAGCAAAGUUGGGCAAUAACGUUGUACAAAUGUGGGAAUGUGAAUUUAGAAAGUUAAAAAAGACAGAAAACCUAAAACACCUAGAAAAGUUGCCGAUCCUCAACAAUUUACCCUUGAACCCAAGGCAAGCAUUUUUUGGGGGAAGAACCGGGAAUGCCAAAACCUACCACAAGUGUGUGGAGGGAGAAACCAUUGAAUACGUUGAUGUUUGCUCUCUCUAUCCCUGGGUAUGUAAAUACGGCAAAUACCCUGUAGGCCACCCCACUAUUUAUGUAGGUGAUAGAGAGUGUAGACAGAGAGGUCUUAAUGUCGAAGGCCUAUUAAAGUGUAAAGUACUCCCUCCACGCGAUCUUUACCAUCCUGUACUCCCGGCCAAAAUGAAUGACAAGUUGAUGUUUGUUUUGUGCGCGACUUGUGGAGAAACUCAAAAUCAAAAUAAUUGUGUGUGCCAAACAGAGGAAAGAGUUAUAACAGGAACCUGGACCAUGGACGAGAUUCGUAAAGCAGUAGAAAAAGGCUACAUUAUCUUGGAAAUGUUUGAACUUUGGGAGUAUAAGGUAGCCACAUAUGAAAACGGGGGAUUGUUCACGGACUUUAUAAAUAAAUUUCUAAAAAUGAAACAGGAAGCUUCUGGGUUCCCGGGCUGGUGUGAAUCUGAUGAGGACAAAAACAAGUACAUUGAGGACUAUUUUAAGAAAGAGGGUGUCCAACUAGAAAAAGACAAAAUUGUAAAAAAUGGUGGCUUAAGGUCAUUGGCUAAGCUAAUGCUCAACAGUUUCUGGGGAAAGUUUGGUCAGCGUGAAAACCAGACUAAAGCUACAAUUGUUAGGGAUCCAAAAACACUAUUUAAGAUGUUUUCAAGUCCUGAAAUAGAUGUAAAUAGAGUACAGAUUGUCAAUGACGAGGUCGUUGUUGUUAGCUGGGAGUAUAUUGAGGAGGUUGGCGAGCCAUUGAGAAAUGUAAAUGUUGUGUUGGCAGCUUACACCACUGCACAAGCAAGAUUGAAGCUCUAUGAGCAUCUAGAUUCUCUGGGUGGUCAAAAAGCAGCAUUGAGGCGUUCAGAUCUGGCGCUACUCCAUGGUGUGUAUGUGGGAUUGUACAUUGAGGCGUUCAGAUCUCAAAGGACCUGA